AAUCAAACUUAUUUUGAUUUUUGAUUUGAAUGUGAAAACGUGCGCUCCGCUGUCCAGUCAAGUCUAGCCGUAGCCGUAGCCGUAGCCGUUUAGCAGCCCAUUGUGGUCAGCAGCAUCACAAAUCAAAGCAGCAGCAGCAACCAAGUAGCAUCCCAGCCAGUCCGCAGUUGUUCCCAUUGUGAUGUAGUUAAAACAAAUGCAAAAAUCAUACAAACAUGGUACAAAAGUGUGUGUGUAAUCCAAAUCAAGGAUAAUCAAAUCGAAUCAAAUCAAAUCGAAUCGAAACGAACGAGAGUGCGGCGAACGAGCAGUGAAAAUAAGUUGAAUGCCAAAGCAAAGUAAUCUUUGUAAAGAUUCAGCAAAGUGAAUAAUAUAUUAAAAAUUCCAAUACGUAUUACCUGUAACUAUCCACUAAUUGCAAGAAGGCUCCGAUCUCUUGAGUGCCUGCAACCAGCGAAUUACACAGGAACAAAAUGGAUUACCUCACAAGAUUCUAUGAUGGCUGGCGGGAUCUGAUGGACAACAAAUCGGAUCCGCGCACACAGGGGUAUCCGCUCAUGAGUUCGCCGUUCCCCACGAUAGCCAUCAGCCUUACAUAUGCGUACAUCGUUAAGGUACUGGGCCCCAAGCUCAUGGAAAACAGAAAACCCUUUGAGCUGCGCAAAGUUUUGAUUGUCUACAAUGCGGCGCAGGUGAUCUUCAGCACUUGGCUGUUCUACGAGUCCUGCAUCGGUGGCUGGCUCAAUGGCUACAAUCUGAGAUGCGAACCCGUUGACUACUCUUACUCACCCAAAGCGAUACGUACUGCCGAGGGCUGCUGGUGGUACUACUUCUCCAAGUUCACAGAGUUCUUUGACACUUUCUUCUUUGUGAUGCGCAAGCGGUACGAUCAGGUGUCCACGCUGCAUGUCAUCCAUCAUGGCAUCAUGCCAGUGUCCGUUUGGUGGGGCGUCAAGUUCACGCCCGGCGGCCACUCGACGUUCUUUGGCUUUCUGAACACCUUUGUGCACAUCAUUAUGUACACGUACUACAUGUUGGCCGCCAUGGGACCCAAGAUGCAGCGCUACUUGUGGUGGAAGAAGUACUUGACGGUGCUGCAGAUGAUACAGUUCGUGCUGGUCAUGGUGCACUCGUUCCAGCUGUUCUUCAAGAAUGACUGCAAUUAUCCGAUCGGAUUUGCCUACUUUAUUGGCGCCCACGCUGUGAUGUUUUACUUCUUGUUCUCGAAUUUCUACAAGCGGGCCUACGUGAAGCGAAAUGCCAAGGAAAAGGCAGCCGCCCUGAAGGCCAACGGACAUGCGAAUGGCGCGAUUAAGACCCAAAAGGAUGGCAAUGUGCCGGAGUCCACAGGCAAUGGCAAACUGAAUGGGUCUGCCAAUGGUUUCCACAACACCUUCUCAAAGUUCACCACGGAAAUGUGCAAUCCGGCGCUGAACACGACGACGCGACAGCGGGCGCUCGUCAACGCAGGCAACAAGUAGGAGGAGGAGGCGCCGCCAGAGCCAGCCAACCAGCCAGCCAGCCAAACAUGAAACACAAAAACAAAACAUAAGCAUAAAUUAAUUACGCUACCAUUUAAAUUACCUUACGAUUAAAUUAAUCAUAAGCAUAGGGAGUCCAAGCCUAAUCUAAGCCAAAUCGAAUUCGUAUCAAAAGAAAAACACAAACA